AUGUCUUUUCAAUUUCCCUUACAACCAUCCCAAAACGCCAUCCAAGGCAAAGAACUCUACAAUUACUUCGGUAAUCGGGUCCUCGAGUCAAGGGCAUCGGCUGGUCGGGUAGUCGCAGUUAAAGUCAAGCCAACCGAAGGUUUCGCACGAUCCGAGGCCGACAUGAUGCAUUAUGCAUCGCAGAAACCUGGAAUCUUAGCACCACAGGGCGAGUCACUCGACAAUGUCUGGCAUACCAUGACUAAGGCCGAACGAAAAUCCAUAAAAGAACAGCUCAAGGAGCAACUACGUCUCUUCCGGCAGUGCACACAACCGUACAUCGGUCGUAUAAACCGACAGGAGACGCGAAACUUCUAUGACCGCAUCCACUUUCAUUUCAUGGGGCCUUUGCGUCCGAAGAGGAGUUUGAAGAUAUGGGCACGGCUUCUGCCUGGGAUGCGUGGAACUGGAGAACAGACGUUCGUGCUGACGCAUGGAGAUUUGGCUGCGCGGAAUAUUAUGGUGAAAGAUGGCAAGAUCGCUGGAAUUGUAGAUUGGGAGUAUAGUGGGCUUUUCCCCGAGUACAUGGAGUAUGCAAUGGCGACUGUGAUUCAUGAUUGUAAGGAGGAUUGGUGGAAGCCGCAUCUGAAGGAGAUUCUGGAGCCUUGUGGGUAUAAGAGGGCAAAGUUUACAGCUGCAAUCAAGUGGAGAGGGUGGUGA